AUCCCAAUUUGGCGCCAGUCGUCGUUACCGGCCCAGCAGUAGCGAACAGCGGCACCAGCGAGCGUAAGCAUACGUAGUUCACAGGCAGACAAGGCGGGUUUUUUCUGACGCAACUUUGAGCCGCCAGCAGCAAGGUGAUCGGGCUCAACCAAACUGCCCUCUUAUAUCGAGCACAUUACCGGCACACCCUACCAGAUGUAUCAGCAGAGUAUCGCGACCAGAGCACGCCACUGCGCGGUGGCUAUUCUUAUUAGAACAGCAGCAGCGACAGCAUCCAUAUCCGUCUAAACUCAUGAAGUGCUACGCUCCGUGACUCAGACACAUUACAAAUCGAUAAUCAGAUAGGUGGACUUAUAGGUAUUCGAAUAGUUGAUAACUAGACGUGUCGUUUGGUUUAUUAUCAUCGCUUACUGGUCGCUCACCCUAUUUGCUAACGAAUAGUGAUACACAAUUGCACAUCAGCAUAGCCGCGACCCGCCAAUCUCACAGGAAGCCGGCGAUAACCGGUGGCCGGAAAAUAUACAGUGGGCGACGAAAGGAAAAGAAAACUGGUGACCAGCGAUCGACAGCAAACGUCUAGGUGGCGGGAUCGCGUUCGACGAGUGACUUUUGUUGCAGCUGCCGGUGGAUAAUAUUGUCAUCGUCGCCGUUUAUUUGUCGUGUUUUGUGUGGUGUACAAUAGCUGGCUGUGCUCUGAUGCAGCUGCGCAACAACAAAUAGGUCUGAGAUAGGCAAAUGUGUUUUCUUGGCCGACCCAAUACAUCAGAAGGCUACAGCAGACUCUGGCCUCUAAGGCCGGCAAAGUUUCGUUCCGCUCGCUAGUAAGUUACCCGUGUAUUAUAGCGGUAGCUGCAGUCGUAACUUCAUUUUGACGCCAAAUUUCUACAAUACAAAUAGCUUACAAUCACAGUGUGGCCGUGGACACGUUAUGGAGAGGAAGGCAACAACGCCAGACGGCUAAAGCGCAUGGAAAACUCGUUCGGUGAACACGUUCUCUGUGCAGUGGUGGCGCACACGGGCGGCGUGGACGAGCAACAGAUUGGCUUCAUUCGCUGGUUGUACACCGGCAUCAACAAUAACAACGGCGAUAAUAAUAACAGCACAUCUGUUUGUGCCGAUACGCACACACAGAACAGCAACAACAGUAGUCAACAUCACCAGAAAAUACGGUAAACGCUUUCUUUAAAAUAGUGAUUAGAGAUGGAAGCCUUUUAUUGGCCAUUGAUUCUGCUUCUGUAUAUCGAUUUUUGAUGUCAAGUCUCUAGAAAGGCCAGCAUAUUCUCCGUGGGCCUCUCACACUCUGCGCUUCCUAGCUGGAAACCUUUUGCUAGUUGUGACUGCGUGAACUUUUUGCCUUUGUUGUGGAUCGGAACGACUCAGGCCACCUUAAAAGGGAAGGCUGUCAAUAACCCGAUAGACCAUUCAAUGUACCCAAUGGCCUUAGAAAAAGAAGUGAACGAAGCGUUGAUGUCACCGGGAACGCGAGCAGGGACUCGGAGCCCGUCUUCAUCGGUGACAACCCCAACGGAUUCGACACGUGGGGCCAUCAUUAAAGGAUCCUCGGAUGCCAGCUCGGAACAGUCUGCGGGCGCCAUCGAGCUAAAGAAACAAUUAGGAUUGCUCAACGGUGUCAGUGUUAUCAUAGGUGUGAUCGUGGGGUCGGGAAUCUUUGUGUCACCAACUGGCGUAUUGCGUUAUGCCGGUUCAACAGGACUCGCACUGGUCGUGUGGACAUCGUGUGGUCUGAUUUCAAUGAUCGGAGCGAUGUGUUAUGCCGAACUUGGCACAGCAAUUCCAAGAUCAGGUGGCGAUUAUGCUUAUAUCUUCGAAUCAUUUGGUCCCUUACCGGCGUUCCUGUUCCUUUGGGUUUGCUUGCUUAUCAUUCAACCAACGUCAAAUGCGAUCGCGGGUAUUACAUUCACUAACUAUAUACUUGAACCCUUUUUCCCCGAAUGUAACCCGCCUGCACAUGCCGUACGACUGAUUGCCGCCUUGAUUAUCUGUCUACUGACGUUUAUCAAUUGUUACAAUGUAAAAUGGGCAACCUUUCUGCAGGAUUCGCUCAUGUUCACAAAGGUGAUUGCCCUGUUGCUUGUCAUUGCAGCCGGCAUGAUACAGUUAAUGAGCGGCUACACAGUCAAUCUGGAAAAUCUCUGGGAGAACACGACUACUGAUCCAGGUCUCAUCUGUUUAUCGUUCUAUAGUGGCCUAUUCUCUUACGCCGGCUGGAAUUAUUUGAAUUUCGUCACAGAAGAGCUCAAAAACCCUUUUCGCAAUCUGCCAUAUGCCAUCUACAUAUCACUCCCAACGGUAACUGUUAUUUAUCUUUUAGCUAACGUAAGCUACUUUGUCGUCCUGACCGCUGAUGAGGUUCAGUCUGCAAAUGCUGUGGCAGUUUCGUUUGCCAGUCGUGUGUUCGGCCAGUUCCACUGGGUGAUGCCGAUCUUUGUGGCGUUAUCAACGUUCGGAGGACUCAAUGGCGGUAUCUUCGCGUCUUCUCGUCUAUUUUUCGUUGGUGCCCGCCAAGGUCACUUGCCGAACAUGCUGUCGAUGAUCAAUGUCGAUUAUUACACCCCGGCACCUUCACUAGUUUUUUUAUGCCUUUUAUCGCUUCUCUAUCUAUCGAACACCGACGUGUUUACACUCAUCAACUACACGGCAUUCAGCGAGUCGUUGUUUGUAAUGCUUUCCGUCGGCGGCCUUCUAUGGCUCCGAAUUAAACAGCCCAACCUUGAGAGGCCAAUCAGGAUACCGAUUGUCCUGCCGAUCUUCUUCUUUGUCGUCUCGUUCUUUUUGGUCGUGUUGCCAUUUUUCUCUCAGCCGCAUGAAACGCUCAUCGGAUUGGGAAUCACCUUGUCUGGCAUUCCCGUCUACUUUUUGACAAUCUAUUGGAAAGACAAACCCGAUAGUUACAAGCGAAUCAUCGAAAGCCUUACAAUAGUAGUUCAGAAGAUUCUCAACAGUGUGCCACAGGACCCCAAGGAGGAUUAGGUUUGCAAUGACGACUAUUUCAGUACGUAAUUUUCUAUUUCACCAUAGAAUAAUAAAGUACCACCCGUAUAAAAUCACUGUUUUAUCAGGAUGGACAUGAACAAGCUGUAAGAAGAUAAGAGAGAAGAUGCGAAUGUUCUAGACUAUCGACUUGCAUAUCACAGCCGUCUCACCGAAAAACCAGCUAUUUCAAAAUGAUACACCCCUUACUUAUUACACUUAUAAUUAAGUCCUAGUUCUAGUAUCACUCUGUCAUUUCUAUUACAUACAUCACAAGUUCAUCUGGAUUCGAUGCUCGAGCCAAGGCGAUCCUGACGAGCAAAGGCAAAGCGUUGUCGAUACCGACAGACGAUUUAAUUGUGUUCUACAGGGUUAGGUAUUAAGUUAUCCAAUUCGAAUGUCGAUAUAUAUAUAUAUAUCACUAUAAGCGAAACGUUCCUGUCGCUGCGUCUACUGGAAUGAAAGGCUACGGUCUGCCUUGGCAGGUCCUGUUCAGGGAGACAUCAGAGUAUUUACAAUCAGGCUAUUUUUACCAAUCCGCAACGAUAUUAGGCUUAUGUGGCCCAAAGGGAAGGUGCUGCGGGGUCUAGGAAGGCAAUCAAUGAUGGUAGGAAGCUAGCUGUUCGGGCAAAAUUUGAACACUCGUUGUAUAUAAUAUAUGCAUAAAUAGACCUAUUGGGAACGAUGACCAAAGGCAAAGGGCUGGCGCGAUAUUCUCGUAAUUUUAUGUUUAGCCCCAACGUUUAGUUAAGAAUAAUUUAAUGAUAGAAAGGGAAUAACAAGUGCAUAGAAGCUCAGUAAAAAAAAAAGUGAGCGUUAACUUAACGAGAGGGUGAUGACAAAGCGGUCGCAAUAGACAGCAAAUAUAAGUGGAAAAAAAGUCGAAGGAAAGUGUUAUAAGAAGAAAUGCAAUGAACUAGAUAUAUUUUUAUAUGACGAAUAAAGGUAUGUAGUGAGUAUGAUGUCAAUCAUGAUGGAAAUAACCAUGAGCUAUCGUAAUGAAUAGGCAAAAUAGUAAAUAUUAUAUUUUUUCAUUUUUUAUAUUUCAUUCUAAAUAAAAUGCAGAAAAACAUGAUAGCAACAAAGGUACACAAUACAUAAAAUUAUCUGUUUGCCAGCCUAACAGCGGAUAAAACUCUAAAUCCGUAUUAAUGAAUGUUAACAGGGAAGUAUUGAAGAACGGCGCCAAAAACAAAAUAUUCACCACUGCUAGUAAUAAAUAUUUUAAACGAAAUAUAUAUAUAUAUAUAUAUAUAUAUAUAUAUAUUUGCAUGUAU